GCAAGGACUUGGGCGCCAAUAGUCGCCCGUCUUGGCUUUGGCAGCCGCUAUCCGCCCCCCCCCCGCCGACCGCCCCGACGCGCCGCGCGACGCCAGCGGGCGCCCGCGGCCCCGGCGGACGGCGGCCGGCGGUCCCCGCGCGACUCCGCACCCCGCCGCCUGACUGAGCGCGGAUCGAAAACCGAUUGGAAACGAUGGACGAGCUCGAUGCCGCGGUCUGCGGGACGCACGAGGGGGCGCGCUACUGGUGCAACAAGCGGGACAACCCCGGCGCCGUCAUGUCGUCCAUGCUCUGGGUGCUGACGCUCUACAGCGACAUCGUCGUCGUCUACGUCGCCGUCGUCGGCGGCUGGGGCAUCUACAACGUGCCGCUCUACUUCUUCCUGAGCUUCAUGGCGUUGAUCAGCCAGCUCAAGACCAUGUUCACGAACCCCGGCGCCGUGCCGCGCCACGCGCAGCCCCUCAUCCGCGCGAGCGAGAGCGGCAUCCCGGAGACGAUCUGCGGCCGCUGCGACGCGUACAAACCGCCGCGGUCCCACCACUGCCGCAUCUGCAACCGGUGCAUCGUGCGCAUGGACCACCACUGCCCCUGGAUGAACAACUGCAUCGGCGCGAACAACCAGAAGCACUUCAUGCUCUUCCUGCUCUACACGAUCGUCGAGGCGGUCUACGCGUUGGCGCUCAUCGCGACCAACUACUCGAACGGCACGACGUACCCGUCGGCGGCCUGCAGCGGCCUCGUCGCGGCGCUGCUGGCCGUGUCCAUCGCGACGCUCAUGUUCGUCGCGACGAUGAUGUACAACCAGAUCUACGCGAUCGUCACGGGCAUCGGCACGAUCGACCGCAUGCGCAAGCGGGGCCCCAAGGGCAACUUCGCGCCCGUGCCCUGGGUCGACGUCUUCGGCGUCGACCCCUGGCCCAUGUACCUCCUCCCGACGGACGUCAAGUACCGCGACUUCCACCGCGUCAUGGGCUACAAGGUCGCGACGUGGGAGAUCAGCCCGGGCCCCAUCGCGCCGCCGAACGACAUGGCGGACCCGCCGCCGGCCAAGCCCGCGCCGCCGCCGGCGGCGCCGGCGGCGCCGCCGAGCCCGGCCGCCGCGGACCCGACGCCGCCGGCGACGCCCGCGCCGCCGUCGCCGUCGAACGUGUCCGUCGCGCCCUCGACCGCGCCCGCCGACGGCGACGAGGACCCGCGCGCGGCCGCGGACCCCGAGGACCCCGCCGCCGUCGUCUGACCGAAUUCGCGCCCCUCUUUCCACCCCGCGCGGCGUUCCUCGCGCGCGCGUGGGCUUCUUUAACCGAACUGCCCUUUG